CGUUAAGCUCGAACGAUCCAGCUUGAAAUGCUGCAUUUUCCAAGGACCUGGGAAAAUAAAUAAUAAAAUUAAAAAUUAAAAAAAAAAAAAACUCUUAAUCUCUCUCAAGUCUCUUCAUUGAAUCUUCCUUCAUGAAAAAGAGUAAAAAAUCCCAGAAAGGAGUAACAUCCAACGACAAAAACAAAGGAAUGGGGAAGGAAAAGGAAAGGGAGAAGAAGUCAAGUAGCCUUGAAAGUGGAAGCUACAAUUACAAGAUGUUCAGCUUCUUCAACAGGAAGUUCAAGAUCAAUGAAGUGGAGCCACCUUCUGACGUCAACAAGGCCUUUUCUUUAUUCACCGAUGAUGGUUCCACACAUAUGACCGCCGAGCAACUUAGACGGUUCAUGUCGGUCCACCAGUGUGAGGUUAGCACCCGACUCGAAGAUGCUCAGAAUAUCAUUGAACAGGUUGUGAACAGGAGACACCAUAUCACCAAAUUCGCCAGACACACCCUCAAUGUUGAAGAUUUCUUUCAUUUUUUGCUUUCCGAUGAUCUCAAUGGCCCCAUUCGUACUCAGGUACACCAUGAUAUGAGUGCACCAUUGUCGCAUUAUUUCAUAUAUACAGGGCAUAAUUCCUAUCUAACUGGGAAUCAACUCAGCAGUGAUUGUAGUGAGGUUCCAAUUAUCAAGGCUUUGCAAAAUGGUGUUCGAGUUAUCGAACUUGAUCUUUGGCCCUCUAAAGAUGAAAUUCUUGUCCUUCAUGGAAGGACCUUGACAACUCCGGUGUCAUUUAUCCAAUGUUUGACAUCCAUUAAAGAGUAUGCUUUUGUUAGUUCCCCUUAUCCAGUUAUUAUUACAUUGGAAGAUCAUCUUACUCCAGAAUUGCAAGCUAAAGCUGCAGAUAUGAUCACUCAAACGUUCGAAACUAUGUUGUACUAUCCCGAAUCUGACUUAACCGAGUUCCCUUCACCGGAAUCAUUGAAAUACCGAAUCAUGAUUUCAACGAAACCACCAAAAGAAUAUCUAGAGGUCAGGUCGAAGGACGCCUCCGAAGACGAAUCAUCCCCAAAGGAUGACUCAGACGCAGUAAGCAGAAAUUUACUAUGUUAUUCGAAUUCUAGUAGUGAGAGUGAUCAAGAAGAUGAAGACUUUAAGUCAUUGCAAGCCGGGGUAUCAGGAUACAAGCGCUUAAUAACCAUACAUGCAGGAAAGCCAAAGGGUUCCUUAAAGACCGCAUUAAAAGAAGUUACUGAUCAGGUUCGACGUCUUAGUUUGAGUGAACAUCAGCUUGAAAAACUUGCCGGUUCUCAUGGACUUGAUAUUGUAAGGUUUACACAGAGGAAUAUCCUACGAGUCUAUCCGAAGGGUACUCGUUUUACCUCAUCAAAUUACAAACCAACUAUCGGAUGGAUGCACGGAGCUCAAAUGGUUGCAUUUAACAUGCAGGGGUAUGGAAAAUCACUGUGGUUGAUGCAUGGCAUGUUUAGAGCCAACGGAGGAUGUGGUUAUGUGAUAAAACCUGAUAUUUUGACUCGAUCAGCUGACGAGUUGUUUGAUCCCAAAGCAACACUCUUGCCUGUGCAGAAAACGUUAAAGGUGAAAAUAUAUAUGGGGGAUGGAUGGCGCUUGGACUUUAAGCACACACAUUUUGAUGCAUACUCUCCUCCAGACUUCUAUACAAAGAUAUUCAUUGUGGGAGUGCCAGCAGAUGAAGCUAAAAAGAAAACCAAGAUAAUUGAAGAUGAUUGGUGUCCAGUAUGGGAUGAAGAAUUCUCUUUUCCCUUAACUGUUCCGGAACUAGCACUGCUUCGGAUUGAAGUACGCGAAUACGACAUAUCGGAGAAGGACGACUUUGGCGGCCAAACAUGUUUGCCGGUACCAGAGUUAAGAACCGGGUUCCGGUCCGUCCCUCUGCAUGACAAGAAGGGAGUUAAACACAAAAAUGUAAGGCUGCUAAUGAGGUUUGAGUUUGUAUAAAAUAGUGUAGCAUUAUCAAUUAAUUCAUUAACCUUAACCCUCUGUACCACAAUGAAGAGAAUGCAUAUACAUACAUAUAAAUAUAUAUGUAUAUGCAAAAAAGUUAUCAAAUGUUAAAAUGUCCAUGUUUCUUUUGCUCUCCUUUGAAGCAAUGAUGAGAAACUUUACACGCCACUCUUCUUUCAAUUGUAAUUAUUUGGCUAUAUUCUGUUAUUAGUCCUUGUACUUUACAAAAGUUUAUGGAUUUAGUCCAUGUAUUUUAAUUUGAUUAAUUUCGAUCCU